AUGUUCGACUACCUUAAUCUUCACGACGUUUUCCCCGAAGGGAUAGCAAACCCUUACGAUCGUGAUACUCAGCGAGAAACCGAGGCGUCUCGCAAGACUUUUGAUGGCGCUUUGUUUAUUGAUCGUGUUCUUAGAGCUGUCGGGAUUACAAAGGCCAAAAUCUAUCCUCCGAAGACCGACAAUGCUCUAAAACAGCUUCAUCACCAAGUUUGUGAAGCCAACAUGUCUACACACCACAGAUUCUCUAUCUUUUACUACAUACUACUCGACUUUGACCAAAUGUCAGGUCGCGACAAUGUUUCCGACGCUUUCGUGGACGCAUCUGGCAUGCCUAAGAAGUACCAGAUCUUCAUGAAGGGUCUGUGGUAUCUCGACCACCGAGACUUUUCGAGAGCGCUGGAGUAUAUCUCGCACCCUUCUCUUAUCCCCGACUUUGCAGACGACAUCAUCACCGUCCUUAUUCGGUCCGCCGAGGACCACGACUACAGCAUCGCGCUAUCGUACUUUUACGCUGUGCAGCCUAUACUUAAGACGUCGGCUGCUCUCGAGCUUCUCUUCAACGCGAUGGCGCACACAAACAUCUCCGAGGCAUUGUUCUACUCUCGAACCUAUCCUCCUCAUACCCGGGAGCUGCUUUUCCAGAAUUUGAUUGCUGCUGUCUUGGACGAUCGAACUGAGAACUUUUCGGACCGAGCCACUGAGCUCGCCUUCUUGCCCUUCGACAAGUCUGAGGAAGCGUGGUUCGAAGAAUAUCUGCUUCACGGUAAUGGAAAGAACCAUAAGAAGGCUAAGGAUACACUCGUGAUUCGAAAGAUUGCUUGCGAUCAGUUUUCUGAGGUGUCAAAGAUUCGACACGGCGGUCAAUGGUCUGGAAUUCUAGAUGGAAUUAAGGGCGGAAUUAGUGGUCACGCGGAGUAG